AUGGCAGAAAAUACACGACUUUCAUUUCCUCCAGAAGUUUAUAAAAAAAUUGACUUACGGCAAUAUUUUAGACAUUUUCUUGCAUCCUCAUUGCGUCCAGAUGGACGAACACCUUUACAAUUCCGUUCUACAUCUAUGAAUACAGGAAGUCUAUCCAAUACAUAUGGAUCUUCAGUUGCAAGAAUGGGAGAUACAAUUUUUACAUGUGGAAUUCAAGCAGAAAUAACGAAGCCAUCAAUCGAACGGCCUUUAGAAGGCUGGAUAGUUCCUCAUAUUACAUUCUCUCCAAUAUGUUCUCAAAAAUAUAAAUCAAACCAUCAUAAUCAUAUUGCUCAAGCUAUGUUGCAAAGAAUUCUAUCUUUAAUGCAUACAUCUAAUAUACUCCCAUUAUCUUCUUUAUUGAUAUCAGAGUAUAAGGCUGCCUGGGUUUUGUAUGUUGAUUUAAUUUGCUUAAAUUAUGACGGAAAUGCCAUGGAUGUUGCAUGGAUAGCAUUGAUAAGUGCUCUUGAAACCACAAAACUACCACUAGCAAUAUGGAAUGAAGACACGGAGUCUGUUAUAUGUAAAAAAGAAUAUAAAAAUCUCAAAUUAAAUCAAAGACUUUUUUCAGCCUCUUUUGGAAUUUUUGAUGGUAAAUAUAUCUUAUCAGAUUUAAAUGAUGACGAGGAAAGCUUAAUUUCAGAAACAAUUAAUAUCAUAAUCGGCAAUGACAAACAGUUAUUAAGCAUUAACAAAAAUGGGGGGAUUACAAUGACACAAGAAAUGAUCAUAUCAUGUAUAAAAUUAGCUAAAGAAAGAUAUGAUGAAUUAUAUAAUUUAAUCGACAAAUCAAAAUAA